AGGAAUCAGUGCAGAAUUAUUAGGACUACAGAAUUAGCUACUGCAAUGGAAAAGCUAAAUGAGCUGGAGAGGCAAAAAGGAGAGACCCUGAAAUUCUACGCCCCAGCAUCCCUGCUUCAUCGUCUUCAAGAGGCAAUGAACAAGACCGAUGAAGAAUCGGAGAUUGUUCACAGGCAGCUUCUUGAUAGGGAGAUCGAUCUUGCAACUUUCGUGCAGAAAUACAAAAAGCUGCGUAACACUUACCACAGACGUGGACUCACACAUCUUGCAGCAAAGACAUCUCUGAACGGCCAAGUGUAAAAUUUGUAUUCCUGUGUGCAUACGGCUGAGCAAUGCAAUUACAGUGUUACAGUGCUUUUACUUCGAUAAAGAUUCCUUUUGAUUACUGCCAAGAUUGUUGACAAAGAAAACUGCAAUGUUACAUUUAUUUCGUAGUCUUUUUUGUAUAAAUUACAGUUCUUUUUUACGAGACACGGAC